AUGUGCCUUUUAUGCAACAAAGUUUUGGGCAAUGACGCUAUGAAACCAUCUAAACUGCAAGAUCAUCUGAGAAGAUGCCACCCUGAUAAAACAGAGAAAGAUCUGAAAUACUCUCAAACACUCAAAGAUAAAUUUCAUAAGAGACCUACACUGGACAGAAUGUUCGCUUCGACGUCACAAAGAAAUGAUGAUGGUUUGCGGGCGUCUUACAAUAUCUCGUUACUUAUAGCAAAAUCCGGAAAACCGCAUACUAUCGGAGAGUAG